AUGCCACCGUUGAAGGUCCUGUCACUCGACGGAGGCGGGGUGAGAGGAUUGGCAGAGCUGUUGAUUUUGAAAAAGAUCUUUACUGCCAUGGCCAGGAUAAAAGGCAAUGUGGAUCCUGAAAAUGAACUCCUGCCUUGCGAUUACUUCGACCUCAUCGGAGGGACGUCAACUGGGGGCCUCAUUGCGCUCAUGCUUGGUCGCCUGAAAAUGAAGAUAUCUGUGGCCAUUGAAGCCUUUCAGGAAAUAUCCGCCGCCGCUUUUCCAACAGACCGUAAAAAAUGGAAGCCCUUGAAAAUAUUCAUCGGCGGUGCCGUUUAUGAUGCAAAGGCUUUUGAGACACAGAUAAAGAAAGUUGUCACGCGCAAUCAACCCAACGAAGACCUGGAAUUGAUAGAAAGAUCACCCAAUCCCAAAUGCCGUGUUUUCGUAUGCUCCACCACCAACUACACAACAAGCCCACGUUUGAUACGGUCAUACGCUUCAGAUGAUGACCAUCACUUCCCCUACGCCCCUAUAAAGGUCUGGGAAGCUGCACGGGCUACCAGCGCAGCACCCUCGUUGUUCAAGCCCAUGACCAUUAAGCGUCCCGGCCCGUCCAUGACCCUCUACGACGGUGCCUUGACGGGAAACAACCCAAUCAGGCAAGUGGUGAAUGAAUGCAACGGAUUCGAUCAUGGUCGCAACUUCGAAUGUAUUGUGAGUCUCGGUACUGGCGUCAAGGGAGCCACUCCACUAAAGAGUAGUAAUCAUGUCUUGAAAGUCGCCAAGGUCCUCGCAAAGCAUUCGUUAGAUUGCCACGCCGCUCAUGUUGAAUUCUUAUCUACAAGAGAAGGCCGCGGUCUUAUUGACGAUCAAAGGUAUUUCAGAUUUAGUCCAGAGCGAAAUCUGGGUGAGGUCGAGCUGGACGGAUGGGAAAGCUUCGAUGCUAUAACCGAGUACAUUGAACUGUUUGCGAUCGAGAAACGCCAUGAGAUUGAGAAGUGCGCAAGAAGAUUGCUCGGCUUACAAAUCGACACAAACAUGCCUCCAGAACUAGGUAUACACAAUUCACAGCCCAGUACGGACAGACCUCCUGUAGCAUCACGACCGAAUCCAAACAACUGUCGUCAUGUCUCAGCGCCACCAAUGCUUUCGCCAUCACAAACAAAUCCAUAUGCAGAGCGCACUCGAUUGGAUGCCCUAAAGUCCUCCACAUCGUUACCCAUCGCUCUCUCGACAUCAGCUGGACCAGGUCAUGCAAUCACUCCACGCCAUGUCAACAAUCUCUCUGGGUCUGGGUCGAGGCCAACGAUUCGACGGCCCGCGACCACGAUGCUCAGCUUUUCUGCUUUUGGAGACCGAUCUCAUUUGCUCACCACAUUCGAUAAUGAGGAUGCGGCAAAACAUAUAGUUGAUGAAAUCAAGGAGGCCGAAGCCUUGCUCGAACGAGGCUCACUCACCCAAGCAUACCACAAAUUCCGGGAAUCGCUCACCCUCGUGUACAACUCACCGAUACCCGAGCGGCUUAAACUCACCUGUCAUAUUCACUUGGGCAUUGCAGAAUGUCGUAUGCUAGCGCCAGAUGGCAAGACCAAAGAAAAGAAAAAGGCCCUGGCCUACCUCGAAUCUGCAAAACAACACGCUCUACAGGCUUUGGAUCUAAAGCACGAGGCAUCUCAGCCGGCGGCUCGGAUGAGUCUGCUAGCAAUUGCGAUCAAGAAAGCUGAAAUAGAAGCAGAGCAGCCAGACAUGAUGGACCCGGCACAGGUGGCGACCUUGUAUGGGCAAGUAGUCGAACAAAUUGAUCUAUUGCAAGAAAGGAUAAACCGGGAGUCUGGCACAGAACAGGCCAGAGACUACAAGCCAUUGUUAACAAGAGCAGAAGAGUGGCGGAAACGGCUGAAACUUCUGGGGCCAGACUAA